AAUCACUUUGGUUUAUAAAACGGUGCGUUUUGGGAGAUGAGCCCAAAAGUGAAAAAAGAAAAAAAUGGAAACAGAGCUCUCCAACUGUCAGUUUGCAGGAAAAGGCAAAGACUUUAACUGGACCGCUAAGAAAAAAGGCACGUGACAAGCACUGCCUAAUCAGCAAGAGCGUGUUCUUCACGUUACGUUAGAUUCGACUUGGUUGAAGUAUAAAACUAAAAAGAACGUACGAUCACUUUCCUUUUCUCACAAUUCUUCACCGCAAACACUCACCCCAAAAAAAGGAAUCAGAAGAAGAAGAAGCUUAGACAAAACAAGGGUCUUUUACUAUUUACCAUAACUUUACCAAACCAGACACAGAGUCAUAAGAUCAGAUCUGGUGUUCAAAUAUGGCUGACAAGGAAGAACAAGAGACCAUGACCUCGUACAAGCUGUUUUUGAGAGUUAUAAGCAAGAGAAGAACAUGGGCUUGUCUGUUUCUUGUAGUCUACGCGAUCCUUUUGUCUUCUUCAUGGAAUUCGUUGAAUUCGAUAGUGAAUUGGUACGGAGAGAAUCAUCAGACAUCAUCUGGUUUGCCUGCGAUUUACGCGUCGGUGCUUCUUGGUGCGGUGUUCGGAGUUCUGUCUAUGGCGGCGGCGCUGUUCAUUGCUGUUCCGGCGAUCGUUGUGAUCUGGAUAUCGGUGGUUGUGACGAUGGCGUUCGCCGGAAAAUCGAGGAAGAGAGUGGUGAUUGAAGGAAGGAAAGUGACGAAAGAGAUCGCUGGUUUUGUGUUUAGGGUUCUUCUUAAAGAAGGAAACUUUGUGGCUCUUCUUUGUGCUCUUCUUGCUUACUUUGUCUUCUUUAACUCUUACUCUUCAUCUUCUUGAUUCGAUUUUUGCAUUUUUUUCAUUAACGAAAACAUUCACAACUAAUAUAUCGAAAAUCUUAAUUUCCUCAUUA